CUGUGGUCAGCUGACUGCUCCGGCUGGCACGUGACUCGCCCUGGGCGCAGGGGUCGAGGAAGCCGAGAGGCCGGAGCUUAGGUCCGGGAGGGAUGGAGCGCUGAGCGGUUAACGUCUGCCAGGCUUCCCACCUCCGCACCUGCAGCCACCGCCGCCGCCGCCGCCGCCGCCGCCUCCUGAGACACCUUCCCGGGUCCCUUCUCCGUUGAUUUCUAAAGAGAUAACAAACAUGACUGAGUUCUGGCUCAUAUCUGCUCCUGGGGAGAAAACCUGUCAGCAAACAUGGGAGAAACUCCAUGCAGCAACUACCAAGAACAAUAACCUUGCGGUCUCCUCCAAGUUCAACAUUCCUGACUUAAAGGUUGGCACAUUGGAUGUCCUGGUUGGCUUGUCGGAUGAACUGGCUAAACUAGAUGCAUUUGUAGAAGGUGUGGUAAAGAAAGUGGCUCAGUAUAUGGCUGAUGUGCUGGAGGACAGUAAAGAUAAAGUUCAGGAGAACUUGUUGGCCAGUGGAGUUGACUUGGUUACUUAUAUAACAAGGUUCCAGUGGGAUAUGGCCAAAUAUCCAAUCAAGCAAUCUCUGAAAAAUAUUUCUGAAAUAAUUGCCAAGGGAGUAACUCAGAUUGAUAAUGACCUGAAAUCUCGAGCGUCUGCAUACAACAACCUGAAAGGAAACCUUCAGAAUUUGGAGCGAAAGAAUGCGGGAAGUUUGCUGACUCGGAGCCUGGCGGAAAUCGUGAAGAAAGAUGACUUUGUUCUUGACUCAGAGUACCUGGUCACACUGCUGGUGGUGGUCCCCAAGCUGAACCACAACGACUGGGUUAAGCAGUAUGAAACGCUGGCAGAGAUGGUGGUCCCCAGGUCCAGCAAUGUUCUUUCAGAGGACCAAGACAGUUACCUUUGUAACGUCACCUUGUUUAGAAAAGCUGUUGAUGAUUUCAGACACAAAGCCAGAGAAAACAAGUUCAUAGUUCGUGACUUCCAGUAUAACGAGGAGGAGAUGAAGGCCGAUAAAGAAGAAAUGAACAGGCUGUCUACGGACAAGAAGAAGCAGUUUGGACCACUUGUGCGGUGGCUGAAAGUGAAUUUCAGUGAGGCGUUUAUUGCGUGGAUUCAUAUAAAAGCAUUGAGGGUUUUUGUCGAGUCGGUUUUAAGGUAUGGCUUGCCGGUGAACUUCCAAGCGAUGCUCCUUCAACCUAACAAGAAAACAGUGAAGAAACUACGGGAAGUUUUACAUGAACUGUACAAGCACCUCGACAGCAGUGCGGCUGCUAUCAUCGAUGCUCCUAUGGACAUUCCUGGCCUAAACCUGAGUCAGCAAGAAUACUACCCCUAUGUGUAUUACAAGAUUGAUUGCAACUUGCUGGAAUUCAAGUAAAAAUGAGCUGCUCCUAGACAGUCCUCUUCUUGUGUUGGUGUGUGCACACAGGAUUAAUCCUCGUAACUCUCAUGCCCUCUGCUUGCUCCUCACCCUUUCUCAAGGUGGAUCUUCUCAUGUGGUCCAUAUCUCAACAUUUGCUUUUUAAA